AUGGUCGUCUUCUCAGCCGCAAAGGUGGAGUUCGUCGGUUCUUUGAGUUGGGUGCGGUCACCCGUGCAUGAAGGCAACUUCGCUGUGGAGUCUGAUCGGAAAGUUUGCAGCCAAGUGGUGCGGACCGCCGUCGAUACUUACCUCGCCCAUCUCCGCGACAACGACAAGGCAGGCAAUCUCUUCCGCUACUUCGCGGGCAGGUAUGAAAGCUUCUCGGGGUUGUCCCCUCCCGCAAGAAGCUUGGAGGACUUUCUGCAGGCUUUUCGCUUUCCUUCCUUGGAUUCCGCCCUGAAGCAGCGGAAGGGCAUUGGAGCGGUGGCAUGUGCAGCAAUGUCUGGGGAUGUUGGGCUGCUACGGCAGUUGGUGGAGAUGAAGGCGCCUUUGGACACCAAGCUGCAAGGCCUUUGGGAAGUUGCAUUGCCCGUCGGUUCCACGCCUGUGAUCAUUGCAGCUACUUGCGGGAAGUGGGGCCACGCGGCCUUGAAGGAGAUGCUGAAGCUGAAGGCAGAUCCCAACAGUGCUUGCGCAGCUGGUGGGGCAGCACUGUGCUUCUGCACCACUCCUGAGGGAGUCGAGUUGCUGGUGAGCCACGGUGCAGAUGUAAAUCUGCGGAAUCCACCCGCAAAGUGCUCUGGCCUUUGUGGUCAGCUGAUUCGUGGUGGGGACACGAAGACAUGUGCCAAAUUGCUUGAACUCCGUGCGGAUGUGAGUGACAGCGACGGAGGCCUUGGUCAAACUCCUCUUCAGUAUCUUCUGCUGUCGUACUCCGACAACGCCGAAGGUCUAGAGACUGCGAAAAAGCUUGUGAAGGCGCGGGCCGAUGUCAACAAGCGUGGAAAAAGUGGUGGAGUCUUCCGACCUCUAACGGUCGCCUGCCGUACUAUUAAGCUUGCCCGCAAGAAUCCUUCUUUGCUGGUGUCGUACAUGGCGGAGAUGAGCACGACAGCGCUGGGCACAGCAUGUUACUACGGCAUUCCGGAGAUGGUCAAAUUUCUUCUCGCAGCCCGCGCCGACCUUGACAUCCGCAAUGACCGUGGCCGUCCAGCCUACGCUCUGGCGCGGCAUGAAAGUAUCCAGGAGAUUCUCAACGACUGGUCUCGGAGUGGAGGCAAAGAGUGGGAAGAAAACUUGCAAGCCUGGGAGUUAUCUGAGGAACCUGGCAUCGAAGAGGAACAAGAAGAAGAGCUGAUCAGAGUGACCAUGUAG